AUGGCAAGAGCCCUCGAGCGACUUAUACUAGCUCUUAUUCUGUGGAUCGCAUUUCCAAAUAUUUGCCUGGCUCAAUAUCACAUUAAUCGACCCAAGCCAAGCUUUUCGGAUUUCAAGUUUCCCUCGGAUUUCAAGGACAUUCCAAGAGUUUUCGAAUGGAAGAACCUGCAAUAUGGUUUUCCCAGUGAACAAGAAAGAGAGCAGGUGUUGCGAAAUGGUCGCUAUAAUCCGGAUAGUCCCAUACCCAUCGACAUUGAUGUUUAUUACCCACCUAAUGGCGGUCCAGCUCGUCACUUUGUGACCUCACCCCGCUUUGGCCAGGGAGUUCCAUAUUCCUUGGCCUACGUGACGAAUGUGCAGCGUGAAAAUGGCAGUGAAAUCCAGGCGUAUCCCAGUUACCAGUGGCACAGUAGCCACGGAGCGAAUUGCGAUGGGCUGACCUCCGUUUAUCGGGUUCACAUCGAUGCCUGUGGUCAGAUGUGGAUCCUGGACAGUGGAGAGAUUGAAUUCGUGCAGCACUGUGCGCCCCAAGUGGUGGUCUUUGAUCUGGCCACCGACCAGUUGAUUCAUCGCUAUCGGCUGCCCGCAACUUCCUUUAAAGCGGGUGUGAGCAGAUUUGUGAAUAUCUUUUCGGAUAUUAGGGAUCCACCACCGAGUGGGCAGUGCAAGGAUGUUUUUGCCUACUUGGCGGAUCCCACGAGCAAGGCCAUAGUGGUGUACGAUGUGGUGGGUCAGAGUUCGUGGCGCAUCGAGAACAAAUUCACCUAUCCGGAUGCCAAAUUCGGAACCCACACGGUGGCCGGUGAGAGUUUCGAGCUGCUCGACGGCCCUUUGGCCCUGGCGGUGACUCCUUUGGGACUGGGACUGCGUCGCCAUCUGAUUUUCCACGCCCUGUCCAACGAUGUGGAGCUGGCCAUUCCCCUGGAUAUCCUAAACAAUGCCACAAAUUGGCAAAAGGGUUUUGGGUCCUCUUUAUCGGAAUUUGUGACCCUCGGCAGGAGAGGAGUUCAGUGUGCCUCGCAUGCGAUUAGCCGGCAAGGAUUUUGGUUUUGUGGCUUCCUCGAGCCCAUCGGCAUUUUUGGCUGGGACAUACGAAGACCUUAUAUACGGGAAAAUGUCCAGCUAUUAGCCCUAAAUCCGGUUACCCUGCAGUUCGUGAGUGGCCUUAAGAUUAUCCGGAGACCGUCAGAUGGACGGGAGGAACUGUGGCUGCUGUCGGAUCGUCUGCAGAAGAUAUUUGCCGGAACCAUCGACUACGGGGAAAUCAAUUAUCGGGUGCUGCGAUGCGAUGUUGACGACCUGCUACAGGGGCGGGGAUGCUUUUAG